UUUACACUUCGUUUACGCAGGUAGAAUGGUUACGCCGCUGCUAAUAGUUUUGAAAUAGACGUUAAACCUUUUGUUUUCUCUUACCAAAUAAAACGAUCUCUUUUUAUACCAUGAACCCUCGCGAGAACGGGAUUGGGGAGGAUAAUGUUAUUGCAGGAAGUAUAGAAGACGCGCUAAAAGUCGCUCUGCGCGGCGCGUUUGAGGUCGCGAUGGAGAUCGCAGUGAAGGAAACCAGCAAACUGAUGGCUCAAGUGCUGCAGGAUGUGCGCGGUCAAAUACAUGACUCCCGGCAGGAGAACAUCACCCUCAAACUAAGACUACAGCAGAUGCAUGCUGAACAAGGAAACUCACCAGAGCAAAGCAGAAUAAACUCGGACUGUCUGAGUGCAGAUACUGAUGACUCGUGCCCAGAAAAGGAGCUUAAAACAGAUCACAUACAACACAUAGAAGCAAGUGAUCAGGAUCUAUCAUCAUUUCAGCCUGUAUUUACACAGGUCCUGGUGAAAAAUAUUAAGUCAGAACCAGAGGAUCCAGUCUUAGAUGGCAGCUCUGGUUCUGAUGCUAGACCAGACUGUUGUUUUGACCAGAGGUCUAAUGAGGAAUGUGGGCUAGACAGAAUAUCCAUGCCCCAGUCUAAACUGUUUUGGAGACUUGAUUCAGAGCAGCUACACAGUGAGACAAGAUCACUGGAUGAAGGACCAAGCCUAGGUACCUCAGAAAAUGCUUUUUCAUUCGAUGGCUGUCUAUCUUCUUUAUCCACACCAUUUGAUCCGUCAGAACACAAGACUUCCAUCCUCCAGACGCUGCAAAACUGUAGAGACCAACUGAGGACAAAUCUCCAAUCCAGCCUGUAUGUUUGUCAAUUAUGCGGUCAUUCGUUUCAUAGUGAAAAUAAUCUACAUAAUCAUAACAAUAGAUAUCACAAGACUGUACUAAAGACGGGUGACCACGAAACCAGGCCAAAAAAGGAAAGACUGGUAGUUUUUGCACCCGGGUCCAGCCUGUAUCACUGCAGUGUGUGCAACCAGAACUUCAGUUGCCAGCGAAGCUUAAGGACUCACACAGAGAUACAUACUGAGUCACAUGAUGUACCUGCUUCGAUAAUUCUCCCACUGGAUGUUCAUCUGCAGCAAACAUCCCCUUCGUCAUCUUGUCCCGUUGAGUAUUCCCCAUGCUGUGAGGUUUAUGCUGUUCCAUGGCACAAAAUGCCAUCAAACCUCAUGCUUGCCAUAAGUAAAAAGAAAAGACCAAAGCCUAAAGAGAGAAGAGAGCUGGUUCGCAUAGUCAUUGAUGAUGUAUUCAGUAAAGAGGGUAAAAGGCCUGGAAGAGCAAAACUGCGGGAAAUUGCCAAACGGAUUGUAGCGCAAUAUCCCUGUUCUUUUCAAGACAGAGACCUCCAAGAAAACGUCAUUGGGACAGGAUACGAUACUCUUUUUAUACAGUUAGAAAACAGAGUUGAGAAUCUUCGUCGGCCAUCGACCAACAGGUCAGCAAAGAGACCAGCAAAUGAUGAAAAUGCUUCGAGAAAAAGAUCCACGCCUUCAGAUCGUUAUGGAUGUGUGGACUGGCAGCCUGACAUUGAGUGUACAUCUGAAUUAGAAACGAAAAGAAAUGAAUUGAAAAGUGCCUUCAAAACCAAAGAUCUUCAGGACUCAAGUGUUCGAAAAUUGAUGGCUGAAACAUAUUGCAUCCAGCGUGUGACAAUCAACAAAGGAAGCACCGUAAACACAGUUUUGGAAGAGUGGCCGUAUCUGUUUGAAGCCGAUUACCUGUUUGAUCAUACAUGUACCCUUCUUGGCUUUUCGGUGCAAAAUAAGCUUGCAGAGGAAUUGUCAAGAAAAGGAAAGACCAUCAUAGACUUUCUUUACUCGAAAGGGAUGAAGAUGCAACUAGUUGAAGAGCCAAUACAGUUGAUCACUGCCAUUGCAAAAUUCUUCAAGGAAAACCCUGAUCAUCUUUUCUACCAAAAUGAGCAACAGGACUCAACUUCUGCCGAUCUUCCAAGCAUUCCCAGCACUCCUUGCAUUCUUAUUAUGGGUGAUGGGCUAUUCAAGAUUGCUGUUGAUCAUGAGGUUGUUAAUGACCACAUCACUUCACCCAUUGUAGCCCUGAGCUACACUUUCUCUUUGUUUUAUGUCUUAAACAUAAAAUACCCAAAAGAGAUGGCACUUACCCUGGAAUUCAUACAAAGAGUUUUCCUGGGAAUAAAUCCUGAACGUGGGUCAAAGGCUCAGAUGAAAGGAACGAAACGGCUACACAUUCCUCAAAGACUGCUGAAGUUGUUGUAUGAACUAAACAACUUUGAAAAUCCAUAGAAAAUUUAAGUUUUUUUUUUACUCAAAACAGAACUUUUUUACAGUGCAUUCAUGGAAUUAAUGUAUGCAAAAAGAUUUAAGAAAUCCGCAGGUCUAAAAUUCUACCAGAUAUCACAAAGUCCUGCAGUGGAUACAUUGAACAAAUGAUGGUGCUAAGGUGUUAUAUGUCCAAACCCUUACGUUAUGCUUGUUUCCUUGCGGUUUUACACAGGAGAGUUUUCCCACUAGAUACAGAAUACAAAAAUAUUGGCACCCUUGGUAAUUAUGAGCAAAGAAAGCUUUGAAAAUAAAUCUAC